AUGGCACUGGAUACUGAGACUUUCUUACUAGUUACAGCUAUUUUAGUAGCAUCAGGAUUGGUGCAAUCAACAACUGCAAAUGGAGAGUGUGUUACACCCACAGAAUUCUUCGAAUGGUCGAACAACAUUCUUCCAGACUAUUAUGAUGAGGUUGCAUCUCACAUUAUGGAGAAGCCUACAAUAUCCUUUACCACAAAUGACACAUAUGGACCUGGGGCUCGGAUAAAAUUCAACCAAUUUGAUGUUAUCUUAGGAAAUGUGGAUGACCCUUCAAUUGAAUAUGAUGGUGUUUUGUUGACAUCUUAUGGAGACUACAGCUUAGCGGGUUCAUUUUUGGGAGUCUUCUUAACAACAGUAGAAUGUGACUAUUUAAACUUUACAAUGCAAUUCAGUGAUCCUCCAGAGCAAAUAACUUAUAUUAAUAAUCCAGAUUUACACGGGCCUAUUACUCUUGCAGCACCUGAUUUCAAUCGUUCCAGAAUUUCUCUCAAUAUGACAGAAACAUUAACACUAUUUGAAUCUGAAAACCAAGAUAAACCACACAUUAUACUCCCCAACAACUGUGCUGAUUACAAGCGCUACUGUUUUCAAAUUAUGGGUAUCGGGUGGAUUACACCAUUAACUUGUUUCCCAUUUGAUGAGAGCCUGCCAUAUUGCAAAGUGAUAGCUCCAGUUCAAAUAACUGACAUGCAUCAUUAUCGCUUUGUUCCAAACAACAAGAUACUGGAUCGGCCCUCUAUUGAACAUGUUAAUGGUGCACCAGACACAAACAGUUUCUUGCUAAAACCUCAAGAAUGUGAAACUGGCAUCAUGAAGACAUUCAACGAUGUCUUCGUUGUGGACAUUGAUUCAAAUCAAACAUCCGGAAACAUAAAAGUCAAGGUGGAUGGAGUGAACAUGCAAUGUGAAGAAUGGGCCAGAGAAUCGUUCCGUUCAUUAGUUGUGAAGAUACACACCAACAAUGCUCAGGUCCCAAGGCACAGCUAUCUAGGAGGUUUCAGGUUGUGUGAUGCUGAAUUCUCUAAUGCAACCGAAACAAAAUGUGAAUUUUCUUGCCCGUGUGAAGGAAAUAUAUGCAAUCCUGUAUUUGUGGAUUUCCUCUCUAUGGCAAUCCCCUCCGUUUCAAGUAUAUGUGAGGUAACAGUUAUAGGCAAUUAACAUACAAUUCUCAGUUCUACUUGUAACUGUAAUUUUGUACAUGUCCCGGGUACAUGUCAAGUUUCAAAAGUACCAAAACGUAUAAAAGAAUGUAACUUGCAGAACAUAGAGAACCCUGCAGAGGACAUGAAUGUGAUGUAAAUAACACAAUCAAAAACAAUAACAAAGAUAGACUUGUACCAAGACAAAGACAUUACCACCUA